AUGUCGAAAGAUUUAGGACUGGGAGCAGACAGCAAAAAUCUCUAUCCUUUUCUGCUCCCAGUUAUUCAGCUAAGUACGGAUGUUUCUCAGCCUCCACAUGUGUAUCUUCUGGAAGAUGGUUUGGAGUUGUGGUUAGUGACAUUGGAGAAUAGUCCAUGUCUUACACCUGAGCUCCUGAGAAUAUUUCAGAACAUGUCUGCCCUUCUUGAGCUGAGUUCAGAAAAUCUCAAAAAUUGCUUUAAGAUCAUCAAUGCUUAUAUUUUCUUAUCAUCAUCUGAAUUUUUACAGAUGUAUGCUGCUGACUUAUGCCAGUCAUUUUGUGAACUUUUGAAGGACAUAACUACUGAAGGUCAAGUUCAAGUUUUAAAGGUUGUGGAAAAUGUCCUAAAAGUAAAUCCUGUUUUGGGUCCUCAAAUGUUUCAACCCCUUCUGCCAUCAAUAUUCAGGGGGAUUUUAGAUGGGGAGAGAUACCCAGUGGUGAUGUCAACUUAUCUGGGGAUCAUGGGUAGAGUUCUACUACAAAAUGCAAGUUUUUUUUCAUUACUUUUGAGCCAGAUGGCAUGUGAAUUGGGUCAGGAGUUGGACCAAAUUCUUGGUAACAUGAUUGAAAUGUGGGUUGAUCGGAUGGAUAACAUCACUCAGCCAGAAAGAAGAAAACUUUCUGCUUUGGCAUUGCUUUCACUUCUGCCGUCAUUGAAUAG